GGCUAAGCUACAUAGAUGGUGCUCGCACUUGGCAGCUAGUAGUGGGAUAUCGAGUGUCUAAAGCAAAAUAAAAUACCAGUUUAUAGUUUCAAGAGCCAUCGGCCAUCAACAUGGUUCUUUACAAUUAUGUCACUCAGGAGCAACUCGCGGGUUUCGAUAAAUAUAAGUACAGCGCAGUGGACACAAACCCUCUGUCUGUUUACGUCAUGCACCCGUUCUGGAACUUUGUAGUGAAGUUUUUACCCACAUGGCUGGCUCCAAACCUCAUCACUUUCACCGGGUUCAUGCUCCUCGUCCUCAACUUCGUCAUGUUGUCGUACUUUGACUUUGAUUUCACAGCAUCUUCUGCCGGACAUGUGCACGUUCCCAGCUUGGUCUGGGUGGCUGCAGGCAUUUUUAACUUCUUGGCCUACACUCUGGAUGGUGUAGAUGGAAAACAAGCGCGACGAACCAACUCCUCCACGCCACUAGGGGAGCUGUUCGACCACGGCCUGGACAGCUGGACGUGCGUGUUCUUCGUGGCGACGGUCUACUCCAUAUUUGGGCGUGGCGAUAGCGGAGUGGGCGUGGUCACUCUGUACUACAUCCUCUGGGUGGUGCUGUUCUCCUUUAUUCUGUCCCAUUGGGAAAAGUACAACACCGGAAUAUUGUUUCUGCCCUGGGGCUACGACAUGAGCCUCGUGACGAUCUCGCUGGUGUACCUGGUGACUGCAGUGGUCGGCGUGGAAACGUGGUACCAGCCCAUGCUGUUUCACUUCCUGUACAGAGACCUCUUCACCUUCAUGAUCAUUGCCUGCUCCUUCACUGUGACACUGCCCAUGAGCCUCUAUAAUAUCGUCAAAGCUUACAGAAACGACACACUCAAACACAGCAGUUUGUACGAGGCCCUGCUGCCCUUCCUCUCUCCAGUCCUCCUCUUCCUCCUCUCCACCAUCUGGGUGGUCUUCUCUCCAUCCAACGUCCUGGACCUGCAGCCCAGGGUCUUCUACCUCAUGGUGGGCACAGCCUUCGCCAACCUCACAUGUAAGCUGAUCGUGUGUCAGAUGAGUAACACGCGGUGCCAGCCUCUGAACUGGAUGCUGUUUCCCAUGACGACGGUGGUGCUGGUGGCCGUGACGGGGGUUUACCAGAACGAGACCCUGCUCCUGUUUCUAUGGACCACCGUUGUCAUCCUGUCGCACAUACACUACGGAGUCUCUGUGGUUCAACAGUUGAGUGGUCACUUCAACAUCUUUGCUUUCUCGCUCAAAAAGCCGAGCAGUGACUGACAGGAGGAGGAGCGAAUCGGCUUGAAAGGAGCAGAGGUCUAAGCCCCUCCCUCCUGGGUUUACCGACACUUCACUCUCAUCACCGCGGAAACCGCAUCCCCUCCCUCCAUCCAUGAGGAAACUACGAAUGGACUGGACCAUGGCCCUUAUCCACUGUCCCCCCACACACACACACACACACACACACACAUAUAUUACAUCACACACACACACAUUUUAUUAACCACAUGGACCUGGCGAUGGGUGGGACUAGGGGCUCCGGCUUCCGUCUCUGGUGAUUGGCAGCUCGGUUCAGCCAAAGAGGUGCAUUCUGUUUCCUAAGGAAAUGUGCUUCAGUCGAAAGGACAGGAGCCCGGACAAGCCAUGAAACGCUACACACUUAACACAUGCACACACACACACACGCUAUACACACACACACUAACAAAGAGCUGUGGGAACGCUCUGGCAGCUGAGAACGCGUGCUUUGUGGACUUUCUAUUGCAGCUCACUGUUAAAUGGAAUAACAUUGUUUUAAAAUAACAUCAGUGCAAGUUUGGGUGACCAACUCGAAGUGUAAAACAUGGAGGGCCAGACUCGGGAAGUUUAAGCUCAUCAUGGGAAUUUUUAAUGGACUUUUCUGAUGGAAAUACUAUAGCCAACCCAACCCAAAACAGGUACAACAGGUAAAAUCCUCUUGCUAAUGUAGUCCUGACCAAGCCUACUGCAAGAUACGUGCCUUUGGGCACGGCCACUGCUUCACAAGUCGGGCCAAAAUAUGGGUCAAAUGCAGGACAAAUUAAACUAAACAACCCAGAAUGCUGAUACAUCCAAAAAGUCAUGAUCACGUAUAUAAAUCUCACUUUUUAUAAUUCAUGUGGCAUCAUUGAAGUGGGCGGGACAGGGACAACCAAAAGAGGGGCCAGCGGUCACUAUAGACUUUGAGGAAAAAAAUUAAAUCAGCUUAAGUUUACAUACUCUAAUGCUAAAAUAAAACUACCACAGACGUACUGCCUUGAGUUGUAUUCCACAGAACAUGUUUAAGAACUGAAAUGUUUCUAAGUCUGUCUGGAUCAUGACUUUAGAUGUGCAGGUUUAGUUUCAUAAUAAUCUACCUCAAUUUACGUGAACUAGCCCUAGAAAACCCAGAAGUAACUUGCUAAAUCUGUUUCAAACUUGUACCACAGUGCCCUGAGAUCAUCUUUACACUGUACUGUAGUCCAAAAUGGCUGCCGCUGCCUUUUUGUAAAUAUGUAUCAGAGUAUGAACAUUAGAUUAGCGUUGGGUCACACUUUAUAAUUACACUUUAAUUAGCGUUAAUGAAGCUAAACUAUGUAUGUUCAUUGAAUUAAGUCUUUGUUCAUGCUUUAUUAAGGCUAAUUAAGAUGUAGUUAAAGGUCUUAUAUUGCGCAAAAUUGACUUUUUAUGAGCUUUUAGCCAGGUGAAAUGUUACCUCAUCAAAAACAAUGAAGCAAAUGUUUGAGUAAUGCUUUGUUAUUAAUCUGUACAGCUACAAAGCUCAAAAUGCUUUGUUCCACCUUGUGAUGUCACUACUAGAGGUAGUUUUUGACCUUUUUACCUUUUGUUCACUAGAAAUGGGCAAUUCCAGAACUGAAAUGAUCCAAAUGAUUCUAUUGAAGGUGUGUGGAGUUUAAAAACACAGUGGAGCACUUCCUGUAUCGCCACAUGACAUCACAAGGUGGAACAGAGUGUUUUCAGGUUGAGAGAAGAACCCAGUCUUAAUAUGCAGGGUUUGUGUGUUUAACAUGUGCGAAUGAAACAAAAAAACACAACUCCAGGUGUGUUUAUGAUGAGGAAACAUAACAGAUCAGAAACGGUGUAAUAUGGGCCUUUAAACUGUCGUUCUUAUAAAGUGAUCCCACACAUCGUCACUGCCCUCAGCGUUCCCACAGUUCUGUCCACACAAACACGAGCUCUCAUCUAAAAUCUGCCUUCCUGCAGAGACCCCGUGCACUCACAUAGUGUUAUGAAUGUAUUAUAGCCUUGGGGAAAUGCCAUUUCAGUUUAAUUUAAUACUAUUAACAGGAAUGCCUCAACUAAGUCUUUUUUAUAAUAGGAUUGAAAUCAAAGUGAAUAUGUUAUUAGCUCUGUGUGUUUAAUGUAUUUGGUAAUGGGUUUGGGGCAUUUAAUUUGAAAUUUAAAAGGUGCACUGUGGAACUUUUCAACUGGAGGAUCUGCCACCUGCUUCUUUCCGUGGAGAUGUUAUUACUUUGCCUAGAAUUUUCCGUACUAUGGCAUUAAAAUUGCAAGAAAAGACCAAGUUAAACAUCACCAAACCAAGUUGAGAGUUGAACUAAAACACAUUAAAAGCUAAAUUUAAGAUAUUGAUUUAAAUCCGUGCUGAGGAACAUUCCAGGGAAAGCGAUAACAUCUCCACACGGACGAGCAGGCGGCGUGCUCGACUCAGGAGAAGUUACACAGCGCGUCUUUAAAAAUAAUCAAAACCCAAUGGGGCGACCAUAAACUUUGUGACCCUGCGUUUUACACGGUCUGAGCUCUGGCCUGCGGCUCUCCCUCUUGAGGUGUUGUGUCUUCGCGCUGAUUCGUUCAUUUUUUUUAUUAUUUCUUCUUUCUCUCGUGUCGUUUUGCGUCGCGGGGGGGACUCACGUGGCACGGCGCUUGAAUGAAGAGUGGGUCCAAAAACCUGCCGAAGGAGUGGACUCAUUCUGAAGGAACAAGACGCCAAUGUGAAAACCACGAAAGUCUCAUCAUCCCGCGGCACGAAGCUGAACAUUUUAACAUGCGUCUCUAUAUAAAUUGUUACUGUCUCUUAUUUCUUUGUGCGUUUGAGAAGUGAGCACUGUCUUGUCUGAAAAUCUUGUAAUAGUCGGACAAAAGCGUAAAACGAGUUCUUAAUAUAGAUACAGAUUUUUGCGUUCGUUUGGAUCGGAAAAAGGCAGCGGUUGUAGGAGACAAAAACGAAGUUCGUGUGCUUUUUUCUGACUAAAAAGAACACAAAAAUUACAGUUUAACUUCGUAACUCCGCCUUGAAAUGCCAUUUUUAGUCAAAUUGUGUAUUUUUUUUAAUCCUACUAGAUCGCAACCCUACCAGAAAUGCAUAUCUUCAACUGGUUUCUUUUUUUAAUUCCUUCUCAGUUCAGUUGAAUCUUGGAACUAAUAAGCGUUUUGUGAAUGGCAUCAGUAAAUUUGAAUGUCGAGUUUUGGUAAUAACUUCAUUUAAAAACAAAAUUGUACAUAAACUGUGGAUAAACAUCAUACACGACGAUAUAAAGCUGCUGCAACACGGCAAAAAAUUAACUCAUAUUUUAAGACGUCAUGGAAUUAGAAUAUUAAUCUUGUUUGCAGUCGUUUUGACAAAUUUAAGUUUUGUUUUUCACUGUUUUUUGUUUUGCCUUUUCAUGCUAACUAGCUCAAUCGCACUUCCUGUACCUCAUUGCUACAUAUAUUACAUUUCUUGCGCACAAAAAUGUCAUUAAACACUUACGUAAUGAAUUAAACCUAAACUUGUCAAUACUUUGCAAAUUAAGAUUAGCAGACUGAUUACAAGUCAAUUAGCCUUUGUUUUUUUUGCAGCGUCCCGACUCAUCUCCUAGUUUUGGGAUUGUACUUCAAAGCACAUGGAAAAAAUGUCAUUCGUGAAGCCCCUUAUAUGUGAGUCUUUGGCGAUUGUAAUGAUUUUUUUGUCUUUUUUCUGCACUGUCCAGGUCUGAACGUUUAGUGUGUUAAUGUAUGGGAGUAUAACAUGUACGUGUGUAAAUACAUGUAUUAUUUGUGUAUUUUAUUUUGAAAUCUUUACUGUAAAAUGCUCUUAAUGCCUGGUGGACUGUUUGGAGCAGAAAAGCCACACAGAGUAACUGAUUUCUAAGUAUUUGACGUUGCUAAAUUACGUACAAGUGAUUUUCCAUGUGGUAGGAUUUACUUUAGUUUGAAAUUUGGCCUUGUUACAUAAUUUGUAGAUUUUGUGUUUGGAUAUUUCUUGAAAUCCUGACAUUUAAUUAGAAAACUACAUAAUGGUGAUUGUUAAUGUCCCGUUCAUUUUUCCCAUAGACUUUACGAAGAAAAAAAAAAGUAUUAUCCCUGAGCAAGCUUUUGAACUUUUAAUAUAAUCAACUUCAUGGUAAUUUAUGACCACAAGACUUAUACUUUUAUUUAAAAUCUGUUUAUGAAACUUUAUGAAACCGCAAAGUUAUUAAAACAUUUAUAAGAAUCUUGCAUUUUAAAUGGCCUUUUGGACUUAAAACAACCCCGUUUAUGGAUAUUACUUAGCACGUAGCUGGUUAGCACGUAGCUGGUUAGCAGAAUUCAAAGGCAUCGCGGAGGCCAACUAGCAACAUGCUAAGUAAUAUCCAUAAACGCGGUUGUUUUAAGUCCAAAAAGGCCGUUUAAAAUGCAAGAUUCUUAUAAAUGUUUUACCAACUUUGCCGUUUAUAAAGUUAGUUGGCCCCCGUGAUGUCUUUGAACUCGUAAUAUUUGAUUUUUUUUUUUUAAGUCUAUGGGAAAAAUAAACGGAAAAUAUAUUUCUAAAAUCUGAUCAGGCGUCACUGUUGAGAUCCAUUGACGAACGUGACUCGCCAGGAACAAAAUUUGUGGAUUUUAUUACGUUUCUUGGCUAUUUCUGAUCAAAAUACAAGAACACUGCUGGAUUACACUUGUGAUAUCACAUUGUAUAACCUAAAAAUCACAAAUACUUAGUAAUUAAUGCUGCUGAACUUCAAAUCAUGUUUUUCUACGUUCAAGGUUCACUAUGUAACUUUUCUCCUGGAGGGUUUCUAUCAUAUUAUUGUUUCUACUGAGGUGUUUGGUCUGAUUGUUCCACAGUACGGUGUUUUAACUUAUCUCCAUGGAGACAAGAAAGCGACACCAGGUUAAGUUACAGGUCAGAUCUGCAGAGUGGCAAGCCCGCUCUUACUAAAACUGUUCUUUGAGGUUUUCUUUUUGAAUAAUAACUGUGGAAUAUUACAGAAGAAAGAGUGAUAUCUCCAUAAAGACAAGGACAAUGCAGACUUCCAUCAGAAAAAGUUACAUAAUAGAGCUUUAAAACUGGAAUUUUUACUGCCUGGUUGCGUUUGUGUGGUUUUUCUGGAGCAGUCGAGGAAGGGGACCAAAACGCCCUCUGUGGUGGUCGAUAGAAACACUACAAAAUGAACAAGGGAUAUGAGAGACAAAGUGCCAACAAAACAAGGAGGAAUCAGAUCAAAUGGUUUUACAGCUGGCUUACGUUCUUGAUUUACAUGCUUUUUUUAGGAACUUUUCUAGUUUUCUGGUAUUUUAUAACGCAGGUUCCAGCUACUCUUACCACUGUUAGGGAAUAUUUGAGUCGUCACAGCCCCUAGAUUGGCUCAUUGUAUUGAAGGUGUUGAGUUUUUGUUGUAAAAAGUGUCUCUGACUUGUGCUCAGGGCUUCUGUGGCUUCUUGUGAUUCAUGUAUUUAACCAGUGGGACAAAGGACUGUACAGAAACGGAUUAAACAAACUUUUCCU